GUGCUUUAUUUUCGGUGUCAUCUUAUAUUAAUCUUUAGAUGGUGAACUGUGUUAGCGACCGAACUUCGAACAUCACGUAAAACAGUUUUGGUAGAUGGGUUCUUGUUUCGAAUAAUUCCUCCGUUAUUAACCAAUAAUUUGUGUAAUUAAUUCGUCACAGAGGCUUUGUCUUACCGCUGAUCGAUUCGACGGCAAAAAGGUUAGGUAGGACAAGGGACGGUUUGUGUGUCCUUUGGGAUUAAUUGGUACGGAGUUUGGCCACGCUCGAACACAGCGUUCAAAGCGUUCCGGGCGGAGAAUGCUAACACUACCGGGGACACGGAAUUCGCCUAACCUAGUAUCGUCUUCGUUUACUCUUGACCCUGAGUGGCUGUAAGUCACCCACUUUCCCGCUUUAGCAUCGGUACUUACGACACUCGCGCGACCAAAAUUUACGUUCCGCGGCUAUUUUCGAAAUGGCGCGACCGCAGUCUAUUCUCGUUAGCGUCUCGCGGCGGAAGAUGAACGCUCGACCGUGCCUUCUCUUUUUCUCACGAUCGCUGUCGUCGUCCAAGAGAAACCGGAGCCUUGUGUUCGUUUGGUGAUUUCGUGAAUCGGAACGCAGACGCGACGUCCGGCAGGGAUGGGCAAAAUUCUUAUUUAGACACGAAAGUUACGAAUAACGAAUAAAAGUGUAGGUCGAACAACUUGAUAAUUUUGGUCAUGGAGAUAGAUCGAACUUUCCGGAAGAUUUCCAACCAAGUACUUUGCGGUGAUUCAUUGAUUGAAAUACUUCGAGGAAGCAUGUUGCGUGCGUUUACCCUCAAAGACGGUAGAGGAGUACCGACUUUGGACUUCGACAGGGAUGGUCUGACGAAGCUGAAGAAAGCGAUCAAAGCUAUACACAAUUCUGGAAACGCUCAUGUCGAUAACGAAGUAUACCUUGGAAGGGCGCUGGAAAGGCUUGGCGAUGCGGCUCUGAAAGAACAGGAACCGGAUAUCGGUGCUGCUUUCUUAAAGUUCGCGGUCGUCACGAAAGAAUUGAGUGCUUUGAUGAAGACUUUGAUGCAGAACAUUAACAACAUCGUAAUGUUUCCUCUGGACUCGGUGCUAAAGGGGGAUCUCAGAGGUGUAAAAGGCGACUUGAAGAGACCGUUCGAGAAGGCGUGGAAGGAUUACGAAGCGAAAUACGCGAAAAUCGAGAAGGAAAAGAAGCAGCAUGCGAAAGAGGCUGGCCUCAUUCGGACGGAAGUUACGCCGGCCGAGAUCGCCGAUGAGAUGGAAAAAGAGAGAAGAUUGUUUCAAUUGCAAAUGUGCGAGUACUUGAUAAAGGUGAACGAAAUCAAAACAAAAAAAGGAAUUGAACUACUUCAGCAUCUAGUCGAAUAUUAUCAUGCGCAAACCAAUUACUUUCAAGACGGCCUAAAGACCAUAGAGCAUUUUGGCUCGUACGUAGCGGAUUUGAGCGUGAAGCUGCAAAAGAUCAGGCAAACACAGGACGAGGAAAGAAGGCGAUUAACAGAACUGAGGAACCUCCUUAGAAGUUCCGGUUGCGACAAAGAGUUGAAUGUAAACGCGAAUGUAGGAUAUUCGCUUCAUCAGCUUCAAGGGGACAAGCAACACGGCGUCACACGGUCCGGCCACCUUCUGAAGAAGAGCGAAGGAAAAAUGAGGAGGGUCUGGCAGAAGAGAAGAUGCGCCGUUCAAGCGGAGGGCUACCUCGACAUUUGUCACGCGGACGAGAAUAAACCACCUACGAGGGUGAAUUUAUUAACCUGCCAAAUUAAGCUUGUACCGGACGAUAAACGGGGCUUUGAUCUCAUUAGCUACAACAGAACGUACCACUUUCAAGCGGAGGAUGAAGCAGAUCAACGAGCGUGGAUGUCGGUUUUGGUGAACUGCAAGGAACGCGCUUUGCUUCGAGCUUUCGACGCUAGCGGCAAGGCAGAAGCUGGUAGCGGAAACCCGAGUUUAGUCGAGCUACAGCAGGCCGUCAUCCGGUGUGUCAUGAGGUUACCUGGAAAUGACCAAUGCUGUGAUUGUUCCUCGCAAAAUGAUGCCACGUGGCUAUCCACGAAUUUCGGCAUAAUCGUGUGCAUAGAAUGUAGUGGAAUACAUCGAGACUUAGGGGUACACAUAUCUAGAAUACAGUCUCUAACGCUGGACAACGUAGGCACCGCGCAACUUCUACUUGCGCGUCACAUGACUAAUCAGGCGUUUAACGAAGUGAUGGAAGCUACGUUGCACCAUAAUCACAAACCAACGCCAACGUCAACGAUGGAGGAAAGAUACGAAUUCAUAAGAGCAAAAUAUGUGGAUAAGAGAUACGUAAUGAACACUUGCGCGGAUGAGCGAGAUCUACUCUCCGAUUUGGAACACGCUGUUAAUAAUCGCGACUUGCAACAACUUCUGCAAGUUUAUGCCGAGAACGUGGAUUUGGCUGCACCGUUGCCAACAUCGGAUGUAGGCGAAACGGCUUUGCAUUUAGCCAUUUUGCGCGAAAUGGGAAAUAGCUUACAUAUAGUCGAUUUCCUAGUGCAAAACAUGUCAACAGGUGGUAUAGACAGAACCACCAUUGACGGAGAAACGGCGUUGCAUCUUUGCGCGAGGCACGACAGAGCAGAAGCGAUGAAGUUGUUGUUACGGGCAGGCGCUGAUCCUACACAUCGAAACAAACAGGAUAAAACGCCACUUGAUAUCGCGCAGGAAAUGGGUCAUCAUACUUGUAAAGAAUUGCUGAGUCACGCUCUACAAAGACAAAAAACAUUGUUCGACAAUGUCAAUAUCGAUUGGAAUCUCUCCCACGAUGAAGGCUCAACCGACUUCUCGGAUGAUGAAACGAUAAUAGAAGAUAGGAAUGGAUGUUUAACACCCGAGAAGAAAUCACGCAGUAGGCCACCCUCUUACGUGGGCGGCGGUGGCAGUGGUGGUGGUACCGGACCGGGAGAUUCACCAGUGACACUACGAAGCCGAAGUAGUACUUGCGAUAGCUUGCAAAGCGGUUCUUCUCCAAGUUCGUCAACAAACAGACAACAAAUGCCUCCACCGCCACCACCACAAUCAAGGAAACCUGUUGCUGUACCUGCACCCAUGGCGCCAGAUAUAUCAGUCAAUAUUCACGGGUCGCUGAAGAAGCGUGUAGCACCACCACCACCACCAUCGGCCGGAAGUACAGGUGGUAUACCCUCCUCUCAUUAUGGUACACUACCUUCGUCCGCGUCCUUAGCAGCGUCAACGCAUAGCCGUACAACGAGCGAACCGAUCUUAGCUGGUCAUUCUUUACAUACUCUACCACAUGCGUUAAAUACAUUAAACAGUCAGCAUCAUAAAAGAUCGCCCAGUGGAGAUUCUUCUACGGGACACGGUACGGACAAAGUGAAUACAUCGACGAUUCAGAGACCGAGAAAUCCCCCACCUCCCGCGCCAUCGGGCGUCAAUUCGUCGAGAUUGAGCAAUGGUCGCAGUAGCGAGUCAUUAAGUUCAAUGUGUUCGGAUCAUGGUUUGGGUAAUCCUGUUCCUCCUCCACGUAAGCGAAGGGACCGGUCCAGGCUAGAGAGCUACGCCGAGGAGCCUUCAUCUUUGCUCCCAAAUCUGAAUCUGCCAACUUUGUCGACUUUGAGCGGACUACGACGUUGUCGAGCUCUGUACGACUGCGAGGCCGACAACGAGGACGAAUUGUCCUUCCGCGAAGGCGAAGUUAUCAUUGUCACCAACGAGCAAACCGACGACGACAAUUGGAUGGAAGGCGCGCUGGAACGAGCCCCGGAAAGAAGAGGAAUGUUCCCAAUCAGUUUCGUACACAUGUUUCAAGAUUAACAUUCGGUAAGCCUGAACUCGUUGGCAAGUGUUUCCAGUACUGCCAGCACCGUGAGCGUCGCUAGUCUCGGCAGGAAAAAUUGGAUGCGAAAAUCGAAGGAUUAAGGGACGUCCUCCAUACGCAACUCUAAUCUAUAAUACCAGCAGGCCUCAAACUUUUAUACGCACGUCUUGUUGGAAACUUCGGAAGCUUGGAUCUGUCUAAAAGACUUGACUCGUUUGGAACGUACGCGUUACUUCCUACAUUGCUUGAACAAUAUUAACCACAGAUCGCCAUACGGCUGGAUUACUACACAGCAUAUCUUAGAUUGGAUGACAAUCAGGUUUGACAUCUUUAUAACCGAAAUUGCAUUUCUGAACUCGUGGUCCGUCAUUGAUGCUAAGCUACGUGUUCCCGUGACAUUUAUUGUCAGAUUUAAUGGUAAAACUCAAAAUCUAAGUGAUUACUGACCUGUUCAAUAGUAUGGAGAUUAUGAAGGUUAGUUAUACCCGAAUUCUUGCAAUAGCAUCAAGAAGAUUUACAUGUAUUUUAUUUCAACAGAGGAUACAAGACAAAACGUUCUC